GGACCCAUGGCAGAUAAGUAUGGACCAACCUUUUGCUUUCAUAUUGGCCUGCGCAAAAGAAUGUUUAACUACCAUGGACAAAGCAUUUUCCACUCGACCAGAUCCUUGGCAGGAAAGCUCAUGGGCUAUGACCAAGCCAUGUUUGGCUUCUCUCCUUACGGGCCAUACUGGCGUGAUGUAAGGAAGCUGACCUCAGUUGAGCUCCUCUCAAACCGCCAGCUUGAGUUACUCAACCAUGUCCGGGACUCAGAAGUUAAGCUUUUCAUCAAAGAGCUCUACGGGCAACGGAUACAAAAUGGGGACAGGCCUCUCUUGGUCGAGAUGAAGGAGAAGUGUUGGCACCUGGCAGCAAAUGUAAUGGUGAGCGCGGUAGCUGGGAAAUUUUGGCACCGUUACAAAUGACUAUGAGUCAAGACGGUGCCGGAAGGCCCUUGGCGAUUUGUUAUAUCUUUCGGGGAUAUUUAUUGUUUCUGAUGCAAUCCCCUUCCUUGGCUGGUUGGACACUGUGAGAGGAUAUACU